AUGAAAGGCAUCCUCAUUGCUAGUGUUCUUGCGGCAUUUGCCAUCACAGUUAUAGACUCCCUGAGUUGUGAACAUUGUGAGUCAUUCAAUAGCAGCUGUAUCUCUGAAAUUGUUAAUUGUGGAAAUGAGUCCAUCAGUUGUGUGGAGUCCUCGGUCAACUCCACUCUAGGAGAGUCCCUGUACUCGUACGAGAACAAGUUCUGCUCAGAAAUUAAUUGCAUCAACAACAGCAACAGUGUUGUAGUGUCCUUCAUGGUACGUGUGUCUGAUAAUCAACAAUUCAGUUUUGCAAGCCAGUGCUGCCAAGGAGAUGCAUGCCCUGACAAUAAAGACCCUGUAAAAGAGAGUGAAUCUGCUCGCGCCGACACCCAAAUCCAGUGCCCUUCUUGCUAUAGCUACAACACAACAAACUGCAAGGAGAACACCCAGUCGUGUUCCCAAGGAGAGCGAUGUGUCCACAUCAUUGCUGACCAUGUAAAUGGCAACAAAGUGGAGCUGAAAGGGUGUUCUAAUAUCGAUGAAGCUACUUGCGACAUCCUGACUCCUGGGAACGUAACAGUUGGAGAAUUCACUUUCCAGAUGGUUAACUGCAUAAAUGAGAUUACAACCACGACCCCAACCACAGUCACCACGACCCCUAGCACCAGCACAAGCCUCAAAGCUUCCUUCAUCUCCUCUGUCUUCGGGAGCCUCCUUCUUCUGAAGCUGCUAUUCUGA